ACACCACCACCACCAAACUCCCCUCUUCCUUCGUCCCCUCAUUCACAGCACUCUCUCUGGUCUUUUGGGACUGGUUCUACUUCCAUAUAGAGCCUUUCCCCGUCCACAGUAACACCGUUGUCCACCAUGUCUUCCGCCGCCACCGUCCCUACCGCGAUUGCGAUCCCGAAGCAGACCUUCGUGAGAUACACCUCCUCGGGAAACGCCUCGCCCUCCAAUGGCUCGCGCAGCUCUUCCCCUCACUCACCCUCGUGCUCAUCCACCGAACAUUCACGGUCUAGCAGUCGCCGGGAGUCCUUUGGCUCUAUUAAAGAAGACGUCGACGGUAGGUUUUUUUCUCCGAAGUUGCGUGAGGUAAUCCAUUGUCCCCUGGGACGUGUCUAACACAUACUUUGCAGGCAUUGCGCAAUCGUUCGUCGAUACCCACAUUGAACAAUCCCCUAAGGAGACCGCUAAGCCUAACCCUUUUGAGAUGCAGCCGACUCCCGACUUCUGCUGCCCAUGCGGUGGCUUUUUGGGAUGGAAGCAGAUCCGGUUGGGUGGGAAAAGCCUGAGUCGCAGCUACAGUGAUCUCCGCGGUUUGAACCAGCUGCACUCGCGUUGGGCUUGGGAGUCGACUCCCCCGGUGGCGGAACCUUCGAGCCAGACCCUGCAGGUGCCAGAACAGAAGCAGGUGGUCGUCGAGGAGAAGCCCAAACCGGUUCCGGGAACGUCGCGCCUGGAGAAGGUUCCCCCUGAGGUGCUUGAUCAGAUUAUCUCUUUGUUGGCACUGGAUGUGCCUCCCAACGGAUAUACCCCCCGCAAUGUGGAUCUCAUCUCCUGUCUCCUCACCUCGAAGACUCUGCAUGCCGCUACGCUCAGUGUGUUGUACAGGAACAUGACCUUCCCUCACUCCAUCAUCUUCUCGAAGGCUCUGAACCACAUCUCUCGUUAUCCGGCAUUGGGUACUUUGGUGCGCCGUCUCGACUUCUCCCACUUCACUUCGGUGGGCUUGGGACGGACCAAGCAGAUGAACUCGGAAAUUCAGAACCUCACUUCCAAGACAUUGCUGCAGUGCUUGGAACUGUUGCCCAAUCUGCGCGAAUGCUUGCUCCAGGAGCAUGUAGAAGGAGAUCUCAGCAUGGAAGUCAUCCGGAAGCUGUUUACGGGCCUUCCCAAUUUGUUCGCGGUCGAUUUCUGCGGCUGUUCCACCCAGUCCUUUUCGGGGCUCUUCCUCGAGGCGUUGACCUCGGGUCCUGGUCUCCCGGCUGCGCUGCCUAACCUGCGACGGGUUUCGUUGCACGAAUGCAGCAGCUUGCCGUCUGUGGCAUUUGAGAUUCUGCUUCCCCGCUUGGUCAACCUGACUCACUUGGAUCUCACUCACACUCAGGUCGGCGAGGACGCUCUUUUCUCGAUUCCCAAAACCGCUCAGAUCACCCAUCUGAGUCUGUCCCGCUGCAGUCGCCUUCGGGGUCCCAAGGUGGUGGAAUUCCUGACCACCCACCCCGCUGUCUCUGACUCGCUGGUGUUCCUGAAUUUGAUGACUGAUCCUACGCGCUCCCGUCUCUUGGAGGAAGAAGACGUCUCGGCUCUCCUGCCGCACUUGCCCGCCAGCCUCUGCUCCCUUAACCUGGGUGGUGCCAAGGUCACCUCGGCUCACACCAAAGCCUUGGUUCCCCUGACCAAGCAUCUCGAGGAGUUGGGAUUGAGCUCCUGUGAACUGUCGGGCCAGGAUCUGAACCAAUUCUUCGUUCCUCCGCGACCCGCCACCGGGGCAGAGAGUGCACCGCCGACUCCCAUUGAUAGCCUACCACCCACCCCACUUGAGGCUGUCCCACCGACUCCCGCGGAGGAAUGGGUGCCGCAUACUCUGCGCUACCUGGAUCUCAACAAGGCGCCUCAGCUGACGAUCGGCACUGUUUUCAACCCCAAUGCCUGUGUCAUCCUCUCGCAGCAGACCUACCCUCUGCAGGUUAUCGAGUUCAGCGACAAGCUGAUUGCCCCUCUCCGCGAGCGGGCCCGAAAUGCCAAAACGUCUCCCGGCUGGACUGUGCGGGAGUUGGGCCGUCGGGGUUGGUAUGUCCGUGACCCUACUUCUGUCCCGAACUACGCGCUGGAUGAUGGUUCGCGCGACUGGAAGAUGGGCGCCAGAUGGUGGGGCAUGCGCAAGAUUCCCGUUGCCGUCGGAGACGUCGGUGGCAUUUACGGACACUACAUGUUCAAGAAAUAAUUUUCCUUUUCUCUUUUCCCCUAAGGCUGUGUGGAACUCUCGACUCUUUUGUCAUGAUAAGUUUUAUACCCUGUUCUCUGUUCGCAUGGCGCAUCUCUCGGAUCAUUGUGUUUGACUUGGUGACGAUAUUGCAAGAGCGACAAAAGUGUGGACAUGGUUUACUUCUUUUUUGCUGUCUGCAUUC